AUGGUUCGCCUGACCGACCUGUUGGCUCAGCCCAAUCCAUCGGGCGAAGACGUCGAAGCUGUCCUCGAAUAUCUCAUCACGAAACGACAAGCUCUCUACGACCUUGAUCGCUCCAUCUUGGAGGCAACCCCAGAAGACGAAUUGGACGCAGAACUCAGCGGCGCAUUGGAAUACGAACAGAACCUCGAAGAGGCCAUCGCACGAGCACGUCGGUCGCUGCGACACAUCCCGACUUCGGCGCCCGUUGUCCAGCAGCGCUCUGAUGCCUCGAAGUCUGUCGCACUUCCGAAACUCCAGAUCCCAAAGUUCUCCGGCAAACUUCAGGAAUGGCAACAAUUUUGGGAGCAUUUCGACGUGUCAAUUCAUUCCAACCAGGCGCUAGCCGCUGUCGAGAAGUUCAAGUAUCUAGCGUCCUACCUCGUCGACGACGCGAGGCGCACUAUCGAAGGCAUACGCAUCAAUGGGGACAAUUACCCCACCGCCAUCGCGGCCCUCAAGCACAGGUACGGCCGGCCAGGUUUAUUGACGUCCGAGCACAUCGACGCGCUACUAGCUCUUCGUCCGGUGACUUGUUCUGGACAGGUGUCCCAGUUAAGGUAUCUACUUGACGAGGUCUCCUUUCGCACGUCUGCGUUGGCGGCGUUGGACGUUCCCAGGGAGCACUACGCCGUUAUCCUUGAACGCGUCAUCACGCGGUGCCUUCCCGAGGAUCUUUGUGUGCUCUUUCGUCAACGAAGGGUAGAUGCGACCGAUGCCUCACGUCGAGAACGCGGCGGCGACGAUGUUACCGAUGCCUCACGUCGAGACCGCGGAGGAGGUGGCGCAGUAGAUACGCCGACGGAAAACGUCGAGGCUCUUAUCUCCUUUCUCAAAGUCCAAGUCGAGACGCGGGAAGAAGUUGCCUUAACUCGUGCAACCGGUCAGGCCUCCCAGCGUCCGAGCCGAAGUCCAAGCAUUCUCCCUAGCCCGGCGACUGCCUCAGCCCUAGCAGCGACGAGCGGGCGUUCUUCGGGGCUAAUGGAUCAUCAGCUACGUCCGAGUUCUCGCCCACCGUCUGACUCGUGCCCAUUGUGUGGGUCCACCGAUCACCCGCUUCAGUCCUGUACAGUCUAUUUGUCCCCCGCCGACAAGAAGCUGCGUAUAUCUCGAACAGGCAGAUGUUUUCGAUGCGGGAAACCUGGUCAUCCCUCAAGACUGUGCACAACGGCAGCGCUGUUGUCCUGCGCCAAUUGCCACGGCCGGCACCUUUCUGUACUGUGCGACAUCCAGAGGCGUGAUGCCCCGCAGCGCACCAGCGAGACACCCGUUUCUCAAUCGGGGAGGCAGAAUUCGACUCCGCAAUCCCUCAGCCGAACUACGACAUCACUAGCCUCAAGUCUGCAGAAUACUGGGGGAAUUGCUCGGCUGCAAACUGCUACAGUGUGGGCGUCUGGCCCGGCGGGCAGAAGGCAAAUUCGCAUCCUCCUCGACACCGGAAGCCAGCAGGCGUUCAUUCGACGUGACCUUUUGCAGCAGCUGAGGUGCGAGGUCGAGGGUGAAGAGAGUUUGUCUGUAUUCUCAUUUGCGGCGACGCAUCCCAAGCAUUACCGCUGCGAGCAGGUCACGGUGCGCCUCGAAUCCCUCUUCGAAAGCGACUUCGUUGUCGACUUAACGGCUCUUGGCGUCGACGACCUUUGCCACGUCGUUGUUCCUCCAUUGGGCAUCAAGACAAUCAGGGUGAUGCAAUAG